GACAACAUUUCGAGACCAAGGUCAUCCUGCAACAUACAUGAAAACGCGAUCAUUAUUUCUUAAUCCCAAUCCUAGAAAUCUAACAACCGAUUAGAAAUAAUAACUCUAUGUCAAUCCCAGUUAUCUAACAAGAGCCUGAAAUUCCAAUCCAGUAGUCUGACAGCUCACUGUCUAUUAAGGAUAUUAUGAUUUUCUUUUUUGAUUUCUUUUAAAUACCCUAACCUUGACGUGGUACACAUGACUGUAUAGUCUUAGUAAUUCAAGUAUUCUCCAACUGAAUGUGCAUUCUACAAUCUGCAUUAACCAUUUCCAUCUGUCCCUUCUAUGUCACCAAAAUUAAAAUAAUCCUACUUAACGAAAAAAGUACCACUUUCAGGUUAAUGCGAUACUUGAUAACACAAAGAUUUAAUCUUCCCAGGUAAAUACAGAAUUUAAAGGUGUCUGAUUGUCUUCCAAUUAAUUGACAUGUUUUAGGUAGAAUUACCGCUUGCAUUGCCAAACUUAAUUGUGUUCCGUGGCGCUAAGAACCCCUCUUGACCAGGUGUUUAUAUGCAAUGCACAUAACCACACUAUACAAUCAUUAAAAAGAAAUUAAUCAGUCUGUGUAGUUUGAUCUGUAAUAAAUAACUUAUCAAGUUUGAUUUGGACUAUGAGUAACAAGAAACAGAAAAAACCACCCAGAGCAAAUAUUCCGGAAGGAAUGUCGGAAACAGACUUUUCAGAAAUACUAACAUCGUUUGACGUAAUCGACAUAAAUAAAGAUGGCAGCAUAACGAAGAAGGAAAUGAGGCGGGCAGCCAGACUGACCGGGAUGAAUCCUACUGACAAGGAUUUGGACGAUUGGUGGGCAGAGGCGGAUACUAACGGUGAUGGGGUAAUUAGCUUGCAGGAAUACAUCAACUUAAUGUCGGAUAAGUUCGUUUCUGUGGACAUUGAACAUGAGAGAAUGCGAACUGCAUUCCAAGUGAUAGACAAGAAUGGAGACGGGAAAAUAUCUCUUCAGGAAUUCAGAGCAGUGAUGCAAUUCAAAGACGUGUUCACUAAAGAUGAAACGGACCAAUUAUUUCGGAAAGUCGACUCGGGCGGGAAAGGAUACCUUGAUUACAAUGAUUUCAUCAAUAACCAGUUGCACGAAGUUGUGUUCUAGAAGAUCCAUUGAAGCUUGUUCAGUUUGUUAACAAUUUCAGUAUAUGUUUUGCCAUUAUAAUGUCAUACAUGU